AGUGCUCGCUUGGCAGCGCUCUGGCCCCGCCCGGGAGCCGGCGGGAAGGCGGGGUCCGCCUGGGUCCUCCCUCACUGGCGCUGGGCUGAGCCCGGAGCGAGGAGACGGGGUUGACUUUACGCUCCCUUCUUGGUUUUUGGGCGGCAGCGGGCGGAGGAGGAACAUGGCGCUCGUAGGCAACGGAGCAGAGCUGGAAGCCGACGAGGACAUCUUCGAAGAUGCCUUGGAAACCAUCUCUAUGCCUUCUUGUGCAGAUAUGGCAACAAGCAGCCAUUCCUUUGCAUCAUGUCAUGUGAAACAGGAGUCUGGACAGCACAGAUCAUCUAAUGUGAGCAGGUCAUCAUCAGUCAAGAUGGAUCUCGAGAGUGGCCUGGAAGAAUGUGCUGUAGCAUUGAACUUAUUUCUAAAUAACAAAUUUACAGAUGCCUUAGAAUUGCUUCAACCAUGGGCUAAGAACAGUAUGUACCAUGCCUUGGGCUACAGUACCAUUGUGGUGUUGCAGGCCAUCAUGACCUUCGAGCAACAGGACAUCCAAAAUGGUAUUUCUGCCAUGAAGGACGCCUUACAAACCUGCCAAAAAUAUAGGAAAAAAUGCACGGUUGUAGAAUCUUUCUCAAGUUUUCUUUCUAGAGGAUCAUUGGAACAGAUGACUGAAGAGGAAAUGCAUGCCGAAAUCUGUUAUGCCGAGUGUCUCCUGCAGAAAGCAGCACUCACGUUUGUGCAGGACGAAAAUAUGAUCAACUUCAUCAAAGGUGGAAUGAAAAUUAGAACAAGUUACCAAAUAUAUAAAGAAUGUCUCUCUAUUCUGCAUGUAAUUCAGAAGAACAGAGUUGAACAACAAUUCUUCUAUGAGUUUGAGGGGGGUGUCAAACUUGGAAUAGGAGCCUUUAAUUUGAUGCUGUCCCUUUUACCAGCACGGAUUAUCAGACUGCUAGAAUUUAUAGGAUUUUCUGGAAAUAGGGAACUGGGCCUCCUUCAAUUACGGGAAGGUGCCUCAGGAAGAAGUAUGAGGUCUCCACUAUGCUGCUUAACUAUGCUAGCUUUUCAUACUUAUAUCUCCCUAAUACUUGGUACAGGAGAGGUGAAUCUUGUGGAAGCAGAGAGUCUCCUUGCACCUUUCCUCCAGCAGUUUCCAAAUGGUGCAAUCAUGUUGUUUUAUCAUGCCAGAAUAGAGCUGCUGAAAGGGAAUGUGGAAAAGGCACAAGAGGUAUUUCGAAAAUGCAUUACAGUUCAGGAAGAAUGGAAACAGUUUCACCAUCUCUGUUAUUGGGAGCUGAUGUGGAUUUAUGUAUUCCAACAAAAUUGGAUGAAGGCUUAUUACUAUUCAGAUCUGCUUUGCAAAGAGAGCAAAUGGUCCAAGGCAACUUAUGUGUUCUUAAAAGCUGCAAUUUUGAGUAUGCUUCCAGAAGAGGAUGUCAUGGAGACUCAAGAGAAUGUAGUAACUUUAUUCAGACAGGUAGAUAGCUUGAAGCAGAGGAUUGCUGGGAAAUCUAUUCCUACUGAGAAGUUUGCUGUGAGGAAAUCUCGACGUUACUCCCCCUCGUUGCCUGCUCCCGUGAAGCUUGUCUUGCCUGCCCUGGAGAUGAUGUACAUCUGGAAUGGUUUUCCAGUAGUGUGCAAAAGAAAAGACCUUUCUGAAAAUCUGUUGUUAACUAUUGAAAAGGCUGAGGCAACUGUACAAAAUGGAAACUUCAGCGACUACUCAGUAGAUGACGAGUGCUUAGUGAAGCUGCUGAAAGGAUGCUGCCUGAAGAACUUACAGCGGCCCUUGCAAGCAGAAUUGUGUUUCAAUCAUGUUAUCCAAAGUGAAAAGCUGCUGAAGUUUGACCACUACCUAGUGCCAUUUACUCUGUUUGAGUUGGCAUUUUUGUACAAAAGCCAAGGGGAAAUUGACAAGGCCAUAAAGGCCCUAGAAACUGCAAGAAACAACUACAAAGAUUACUCCAUGGAGUCUAGACUGCACUUCAGAAUUCAGGCAGCUCUUCACCUCUGGAAAAGACCUCCCUCAGACUGAUCGGAAUGUGAAGGAUGGAAUUCAGGCUCCACGACAUUGGCAUCUGCUGUAGAUUAGACCUCGUAUUAAAGAGGAAAAGUGGUCUUGUGAAUGAGAGGCAAACUAUUAAUUUUAUUGUCAAUAUUUUCUAUCAUCUGUGUGGUUUAUUAUUGUUCUACAUAACUGUUUCUCCGCUAUUAAAUAAAGUUAAAUACUAUCUAGAAAAUUCUUAUAUUUUGCCUCUCCAAAAAGAAUUUCAUCUUAGAUUUGAAUUGGAGAGUGAAGACUUUUAGAGGACUCACAGGUACCAUAAAGCCUAAUUAAAUCAUUUAUUUUUUUAAUGUGGAAAUUAAUAUUGUUUAUGUAGCAAAUGGCUUAGAAAUUGAGCCACUUUUAGGUUUGUUGGUCAGUUAAACUUCAGAGAUAUUUUGUUGCCUACUAUUUACAUUUUGGAGGGGAAAAUAAAAUCACCUACAUCCAAGAUAGCUUAUGAACCUUCUAAAGAUUCCUGAAAAAGAGAGGCAGUGGGUGCAAACAGGGAUGGGAUAAUGUACUUAAUAGUUUGUAAAGACCUGUAUCUAGCAAAGAUGGUAAAAUAUUGUUAUUAUUUUUUUAUUUUUUAUGUAAGUUAAAGGUUGUGACCUUUUGGAGAGACUAUCCUGUUUUUGAAUAUACUUAAGUCUGUUAUAAUAAUAAGAAAACUAUCUGUGUGUCUAAAGGGAAUAAAAAAGUUAUAUUUUAGAAAUUAUCUUCAACCUUAGCAAUGAGAGCUUAAAAAUAUAUAUAUAUUGAUUAUUUUUCUUAUAGGAAUCAAAGUUCCUGCUGCUUUAAACGACAUGUAAAAUAUCAAUUUCUACACUCAUGAUGUUGGUGAAUAAGAUGUAAUUUUCUAAUCUCUCUAGCACUGUGAUGGUUCCUUGUAAAUAUCUGAACUGUGUUUAGUCCUUUAAUUUGGAAGUACAAUCCGGGCAUUGAGUGGAAGAGAGCCCACUUCUGUGGCCCCAGCCCUGCUACUGGUUAGCAGUUACCGGAGUGUUCUUGUGGGAGUCGUGCUCUCUGCAUCUCCGUGUUUCCUUUUCUGUGAAAUGGAAAAAGAACAGAUGAUUGUCAAGGUCUCUUUCAGUUUUGUAACUGUCAAUCUGUGUUUUGCGUAUUUGUUUUCAGCAAACAACUGUUAAAAUGUUUGAUCUGAACUUCUUCCACUUAGAGUGUGUUUUUAUUUUGCAGUCACCACUAUCUACACCCCCUACUCCCCCAAAUAUGUAUGUUUUGAGGCUAAAGACCAGUUUGCAUCUAGAAUGAGGAAAAACAAUUAGUGAACCGAUGAAUCGGUUUUGUCUUAUUUCUAUUGCUAUUUUGAAGAGUAACUCGUCAUGGAAGCCUCUGCAGUUUAACAGAAACAGCCUCAUAUUGGGAGUCAGGAACCAGCCCAUCUCCGUUAGUUAUGAGUUCCUUGACAGAGAGCAAGUCAUUCACCCUUUCUGGGGCUCAGUUUCCCCAUGAGGAUAGCACCACAGAGCUUGGUGCUCAUGAGAGCUCAAUUAUAUAAUGCAUAGGCAUUUGCAUAGCUUUUUGUAAACCGUGAAAGGCUAAGCAGUUAUGGUUUUUAUACACUGAUUACAGUAUAUAAGGCAAAAAGUAUUGGCUGAGUCUGUGGUCUCUGAUGGAAAAUGAGAAAAGCUUGGAAAUUCAGACACUUUUAAAUUUAUGUAUUUGGCACUGACUACAAGCCCAGAUUACAAAUUUGCUCCUUGCUAUUUAUUCCUUUCUACAUGAGCCUGUACCUAGCAGUUAUUUGGUCUUAUUUCCUUUAAGGUUUUAAUUCUUGACCAGUACCGAGGAUGUUUUCAAUAAAAGAUGAUUAAUACAAUUUGAGUCAGAAUACCACCUCUUCAGAUAGUGUGGUGGAAGGUCUCAAUAUGUGCUAUUAAUGUGAAUGAUAUAACUUUAGUUCUAGACAAAAGAGGAAAUAAAAUGAACUGCCAUUACAAUUAGUAGUGGAAAAUAUGUUUAGUGAUUUUUUAUAUAUCUUGGAAAAAAACUUUAUCAACUCCUUAGAGAAGCUUUCGUAGCAUUAUUUUUUAAAAGUAUAAACACCCACAAUUUUUAAUGGAAGCUGCAAGUCAGUAAAAAAUUCUCUUUCUGGUAUAAAAUGAAAGCAAUUUAAGCUAGUAGUGGUUAUUUUUUAUUUCAUUUUAACUCUAUGUUACAAAUAUAUAAAAAUCAUAUCUAUUUAAAAUUUUACUAUAUUUUUAUUUUGUUUUUAUUAUUCGUGUUCUUUUUAUAGUUUCUUGGUAAUGUGGAUAAUCUAUCCAAUGGAUUUUUAAGUACUGUAAUAUCACUGAUGCUACAAAUAUUAAUGUUUCCUGCCAUGUUCAAGAUACUGUAAUGGCACCAGUUUCUUGUGACAUCAGCUCUUAUUGCAUUUUUGGAGUUAUUUUGUGAUUCAGAGUGUUCUGUGAAGAAUAAGUACUGAAGUGACAAUGUUUUAUCUAAUGUUUUGAGGGGCAUAUGUGGUAGGGUUGGGCUGCCAAUGUGUCUGACAGUUUGUGCAAUUUGUGUAGUUCUUGGUAUAAUUGCCUUUUUUUUUUUUAAACGAAGAACCACAGUUCUGAUUGCUGCUGUAUAAAUUUAAGACUCAAGUAGAAGUUAUGCUUUAUAGGACAAGUGACAAGGAAGGCAUAACUUCUGCUUGACAAUUAAUGGAAGAUUAUCUACAUCAGCUCUUAUAUGGACAUACUUUAAUGUAUCUCUGUUUCUCUUGGAUACUAGAAGUUCCCAAGUCACAUAGGAAAAGGGGAGUCCAUUGAUCCUCUGUCUCUUUUGCAAGCAGGUCCAAGCUGUAGGGAGGUGAAGUUCAGAUAAUCAGUGUCAAAGAUGAUUAUAAAUCAUUGAAACAAUCCAACAGUGUAACCAUCUCUUUUGCAAAGUUGUAGUUUAGCAGAGCUGUGUUAUUGUCAUUCCUAUCUGGCCUGGAAGCUAAUGGUUUAAAUUUGAGGGUAAAACUCUCUCUGCGUCUUCGAACAGGGCUUCAGAUCAGUGGGAUGUGUGUAAAGAUGAUGAGUUCUGCCUUUCAAAGGAAAGUGUUUUUUCUUUUGAAGUUACUUUUAGAGAUAGUCACUCUGUGGUAGGCUCUAAUAGCCCCUGCUAUUAAUACUCAUUAUGAUUCCAGUUCUCUUUCAUUCCUUUAAAGUGAGCCUGUUGAUGUUUUUGAAUAGAUGUAUUUCUUCCUUUGGACAAUAAAAAUAAUUUUUAAAAGGUCUUUGUGACCAACCGGAAAAAUUUCUGGAAUUACUCAUUACUUCUUCAUUGGCUUUUUUCAUAUUUUUGUUUGUUCCUAGUUAGUCUCUUCAUAUUUGUGUCAUAAAAUUGAACACAUUUAGUUAAAAUGAAUAAUUUUGAUGCCCUAAAAUUUUGUGAUUCUCAGGGCCUUGAAUGGAUCUUGGGGAAAUUAUCUCAUCCUUCCUAAUCUCUAAACAGUGUUGUUUCUCCUUCAGUUCUUCUCUGUCCAGUAUGGUAGCCACUGGCCCCAUGUGGCUAUCGAGCACUUGAAACAUGGCUAAUGGCACAUGUUGGAAUGAUGCUGAGUGUCAGGGAGCACUCAUUUAUACAUGCUGCUUCUAUUUAAAAAGGCCUCCUAAUACUGUUCUGUCUGAAGUUCUGGCUUUUACUUGCUGACUACUAUGAUCACCUAGUCACCACAGUUGCAUUGUCAGUUGUGGUUCAAAUAUAUGUCUGUGCGGUUUGUCUUUUUCUGUUUAAGUGUCCAUAAACUUUCAUUUCAUCGUGUUUGUUGUGCAGACGAUCAAGGUCAUGGGCACAUUUGAACACUAUUCCUUCCCUAGCCCCCAGAGCUUCUUAUGUACUAAGAUAAUUUAUUUUUUAAGAUUUUAGAGACAUUCCUUUUUCAGAUGCAAUAGCACAAACCGUUAGAGUUGUAGAGGAAGUGACUCUCACCUUUGAGAAGUUAGUGAUUUUAUGAUUAAAAUAAGACUUUCUAAGAUUAACAUUAUUCUGAAAAAAUCAGUCCCUUGACCUUUCAGUUUUUUUAUAUUAUUAAUGUUUCAAUAUUUACUGAGCUAGGCCAAUAUUAAUACUUGCAGAUUUUUAGGCACUAGUUAUCCACUUACAGAAUAGUUUGGCAGAUAGUUUAUUUGCAGUUAUCUAUUUUAUGCCUUUGCUGCCUAUUAUAUUUUUAAUGUGAAUGAUACCUAAGUGAAAUGCAUACAUAUAAUUGACAUAUUUUUAAUCUCUUUAGAUAAUUCUUGAUCAGCUACAUAGAUAGAUAAAUAGGUAAGAAACACCUUAUAGAUAUUAAAUAGUGCUUUAUAUUGUUUCAGAGGAGUGCAGGAUUUUUUCCAGAUUGUUUCUCCUCCCCCAGACCAAUAUUUACAUAUUUUUUUUUAUGUAUCAGAUUACUUAUUGUGAAACUCUGUUCCUGCUUAUUAUUGUGGUAGUUGGUCUUUUAUAGAUCUUCUAUUAGAUUUAGUUUCUUCAAAAUGUUGAACUUGAAAUGUUGAACUUGAAAAGAACACAUCAGUUACUAUCUGAUCUUGGUGAUACUGAAGUCCAUUCUUGUCUGUUUAUAAAUUCAUAACUACAGAAAGAAAUGAUGCAAGGACUGUUUAGCAGAUCGAGAAGACUGAGCAGGUUCUGAGCUUGAUCCAUCCAAAUGGACAUAUGGAUCUAGCUUCAGAGAAAGUUCAACUCUCAUUCUGUCCAGUUUACAAAUGCAUCAGCACAGUAAUACUGUAACACAACUUUGCAUGGAGAAAUCAAAGCAGCCACCUCACUGUAGUUAACUAAUAAAGAAUUCCUACAGCUGCCUAUAGAUUGGAUAUUUAAUAGGAAAAAUCCAGAUACUUUAAUACCAAGCUUAAUUAAGUAAAACUUGCAUAUUCAUGUACAAUAUACCUUGUGUGUUAAUCCAGUAGUUCUUUCAGCCACAUAAUUUAAAUGAUGAUUAUAAAGGAUGCUGGCAUCCCCCAUGGGAGAUUUUGUUUUAUUGCUACUUAAUAUUUUCUAGCAAAUUGGUUUUAAUUAUUGGUAGUCUGUUUGGCCCCACUUAGGGAAAAAAAAAGUUUGUCUCAAUGUAACAGAACUGAUAGCCAGAGAAAUUGGAUUUAAUGAACGUGUUAAAAAAUAUUGCAUAUCAUUUCAGUUUUAAGGAAUUACAUUAUUUAAAAAUGCUGGAUGGUCUUCCGUAAUUAGAAAGGACGACUCUCCCUGCUUUGGAAAUCAUGCAGACAUUUUAAUUCAACCUUAUCUUUGUUGGAGCCAAGUGUUCAGAUGGCAAUUUGGGGUAUAGUAAAUGAGUUUAAACACUUUUCAUUAAUUACUCCAUUUUUUCCUGAAAUGAUUUUAUUCUUCAUAGUAGGCAAUUGCUUUCUGUACAGUGAUUUGUUUUUUAAGAUAAUAAUUUCCAAGAAAAGAGAGAUUAAACAUUAUAAAUCUUAGGCUAUUGAUUUAAUGGCUUAAGAAAAACAGUACUAUUGGAUUCUGUUUAAAAUGUGCAGAAGGAGAACACAUGUAUUUUACUGAUAUGUGCUAUCCAAAAAAAUUAAUUCUCAACAACAUUUGCAUUCUCAUGAAAUGUUAGAGGAAAUUUUUCUAACUAUUUUUCCCUUUGCUAACUAUUGACAUCCAGACACCUGAAUGAAUACCGACUCAAUUAUAUACUAGUGUUUUAAAAUAUUUAUUUGAAAAUGUUCAUAGAACUCUUGAAUUUUUUGAUGCAAGUUGCUCAAUCAUAUGUAAAGGCAAAAUAUAUAUUGAAUAAGUGAGAAGUAUUAUUUUAUUACUGUAAUUUAUUUCCAAAGCAAAUUUAUUUUCUAGGUACUUUCCUUGGGAAAUUUUGCUUUGCCUUAAAACACACAAACAAAAUAAACUGUCUUGUGAUCUAGUCACCUAAAAACCCUAUGUGACCCUGACAUGUAGGGGGAUUUUGAAAUUCUUUAAUAAUGUGUAUUUUUCACUUUAAUUUGAAUUAAACAAAAAUAGAGGCCAUAGUGUUUUAUAAAUUAAUGUACGGUUUCCUGUUGAAUCAUCAAAGCUGCCUAUAUCUACUUUAUAAUUCAAUGUUUUAUUAGAAAAAACUGUCAGCAUUGUAUCUCACUCUCAUUACAUUUAGACUUAGUCUCCUAUCUUUUCCAUUCCCAGUGGUCACAGUUUUACAGAGCAAAACAUUUUUAGAAGUUGAAGAUGUGUGAGUUCUAUGUAAGAUGAAUGUGUUAGUAGCAUCCAUCUGCUGAUCAAGUAGGCAUUGGCUCUGGUACCAGAAACUGAAAUUGAUUGUAGCUAUAAAAGCAUUUUAUCAAUAUAAGUCAAGAAGAAAGAAGAAAACUGUGAACUCAUAUUUUUAACAUAAAAACUGUGUUCCCAACUGUAUUUGCUUGCUGAUUUUGUGUUAAUAUCAUCUAUGAUUUGUAAGCUAAUGCUGAUAUGAGAUCUAAAUUUUCAUCCUGAAGAUGACAGUUCCGUAGCCUAUUUUUAAGAUUAAGACAUUUUGAAAACAGAUGUCGUCUUAGGAAUUGUAUUUUUAAGUGUGAAUAAAUCAUCCCAACUUGGGAGUCAAUGCUUUAUUUUUCAUUUCUUAAUAUUACAGAAUACUCUGCAUUAUUAGAUGCAUGUUUAAGUUGCCAGAUAUCUUCAGAAUUCUAUAUUUUCAUAUUGCUGCAACUGGUUUACCAAUGAUGUGCAAUUGAAUUGUUAUUUAAAUAAAUUACACUUGAUGGAA